AUGACCUAUAUGGAAAAAUUAGGACAGCAUUUGCCUUUCUGCAGACUUAAGGAACCAUCUUCAUUUCUGACAGUCUGUCAGAGAUUUCCUUCAGUAGCUCAGUAAUCACAUCUCCUGCUCCCUUCAGGACCAGAGGCUGUAGGAGGCUGGGCCAGAUGUCUUGACUUCAUCAAAAACAAGUUCCCACCUUUUUGCUUCUCUUGGCUAUCAGCUCCCUCAUCACCAUGUAUGGUCUGUCCUUUGCACUGAAAAAGUCAUUCUCCUUGACACAGAAAAUGGAAACAAAAUGGGAAUGGCUUAUUAUCUCUGUUCUCAGUUAUUAUCAUCCCCUCUAGCUCAAGUAAAGGUCCUAUCCCUUCUUUGAUCUUUUUUCUCUGAAUAUAGUUUUUAAAAAAAGAAGAAGCUCUGUGUGUGUGUGUGUGUGUGUGUGUGUGUGUGUACUUAGCUUCUCCUCACCAGCCUUAGCUCAUUCUGAGCUUCAGCAUUUCUGAUACUAUUUUUACAGGACCAUGCUGUGCUGUUAUAUUCAUCCUCUGUUACCUGGUCUUGCUUUCAUUUUCUGUACUUUUCUUUUUAAAGUCUAAGUUGGGGACAGUUAAGUAACUCAGUGGAGAGACAACCAGACCUGGAGAUAGGAGGUAUUGGGUUCAAAUGUGGUCUCAGAUACUUCCUAGUUGUGAGACCCUGGGCAAGUCACUUAACCCCAAUUACCUAUCUUCUACCACUCUUCUGCUUGGAACUUUCUAAGACAGAAGAUGGGGGUUUUAAAAAAUAAAUAAGUAAGCCCCAAGUAGUUGGUGUGUUGCCUCUAUAGUUAGAAAUUCAUUUCCAGUGCUCAAACACCUUUUUUAGCUAGCUGUUUCCUUUUGAAAUCAACUGCCUGCAGAAUAUUCACUUGGACAUGUCCAAUAGGUAAUUAGUCAUGUGGGAGGAGAGCUCAGGGGAGAGACCAGGGCUGGAGAUUUUGUUCUGAGAGCCGUUUACAUAGAUAUGAAGACUCCAUGGAAGCUUGAUGAUGUCACUGCUUCUAGAAAUGAGGGAGAAAGAAGAGGACUGAGAACAAAGUCCUUGAGCUAAGGAUAUUUGACACUGAUGAUGAGCCAGCAAAGGGAUCAGAGAGAGAGCAGCCAAGCAGGUAGAAGGAGAGCCAGAAGAGGGGAUCAGUAUCACAAAAACUCAGGCAGGAGAGAGUAUCCUGGAGGAGAGAGGUGGUGGAUGGUAUUCAGAAAAGCUGGAGAGAAGUCAAGAAAGAUGAAGAUGGAGAAGAAGGCAUUGGGCUGAGCAACUAAGAGAUCAUUCUUAAUUUUAGAGGAAGUGGUUUCAGAUUUGUUAGGAGGCCAAAAGUCACAUUGCAGGGGGCAGCUGGGUAGCUCAGUGGAUUGAGAGCUAGGCAUAGAGAUGGGAAGGUCCUGGGUUCAAAUGUGACCUCAGACACUUCCUAGCUGUGUGGCCCUAGGCAAGUCACUUAACCCCCAUUGCCUGGUCCUUGCCACUCUUCUGCCUUAGAAUCAAAUGCAUAGUAUUGAAAAAAAUAAGGUUUAAAAAAAAGUCAGAUUGCAAGGGGUUAGAUGAGUGAAAAGAAAGGAAGAAGCUGGCUUGAGGGUGGGCAGAGGAUCUCUAGGUUCCUUUUAGCUCUGAAUCUAUAGGGCUUUUAUCUUUUUUAAUUCUAGGCCUUGUUGGCUAGAUUUCUAAAGUUGUAUAGCUUCCUUCCCCUGUAAAGGGCCAACUGAGAUCCCUAGGGAUGCCUCACCUGUUUUCAGCCUUCUUUUGUGUGUUGACUUAUCCCAUUAGAUGGUAAGCUCUGAGAGGGAAGGUACUUUCUUUGUCUUUCUUUGUAUCUGAUUCCCCAACACUUAGCACAGUGCCUGGCACUAUCAGGUAUUUUUUUUUAAACUUAAACCCUUACCUUCCAUCUUGGAGUCAAUACUGUGUAUUGGCUCCAAGGCUGAAGAGUGGUAAGGGCUAGGCAAUGGGGAUUAAGUGACUUGCCCAGGGUCACACAGCUAGGAAGUAUCUGAGGCCAGAUUUGAACCUAGGACCUCCCGUCUCUAGGCCUGGUUCUUAAUCUACUGAGCCACCCAGCUGCCCAGCUGCCCCCUAACUAGCAGGUGUUUUUAAUAAGUGUUUGUUGACUAAUUUAUCCACAAGGCAAUUUCAGUGAGUGAACAGGCAUUUAUCAAAAACACCGGCUAUGUGCCAGGCACUCUGCUAAGCUUAGGGAUAUAAAGAAAGACAAAAGACCAUCCUGGCUCUCCAAGAACUUAUUGGAAGAGGUAGUACUAGGAAUGGAAGAGGUAGGAGUGAGAGGAGGCAUUGGGAGCCAAAGGGAACAGGGCAGGACCAUCUAGUGGGUGGUGUUUCAGCUGAGCUUUGAGAAAGUGGUGAAGAGGGAUGGCAUUUCUUGACACGAGGAACUGCUUAUACAAAGGCAUUGAGUCAGGAUGUUUGCAGUACAGCCGGGGCCCCCUGAACCCCCAUUCCUGGGGGGCCCACCUGCCUCUGUGUCUCAGCAUGACUAUGAGCCUGACAGUAACUCCAACUUUGUGACCAGCACCUAUGAUGCCAAUGAGAACUGGAGCCGGGCCCUUGCUGGAGCCAGGGCUUCUGACCUAGGCGGUAGGGAGCUGACCCUCACACAGAACCUACCCUCAGACAACCAAGCUGUCCUGGGCAAGAGGCAGCCCUCUGCCCCCGGGCUCCUGGGCUCCCCGCCUGAUGACUUCUUCCUCCCCACAGUAGGGGAGAUACGGAGCCCACCAGAAGGGGCUGAACUUCCCAUGGCUGCAGGGCCCAAACCAGAGAAGGAUGUCAGGGUGGAAGCCACAGCCGCUGCCGGCUCCCCCUUGGAAGACGUCGGCUAUGCCAGCAGCUCCCUAAGUGUAGACAGUCCUGACAGCAGUCCGGGGCCCUCCUGGGACACCUUCAGUCCCUGCCCUGGCCCCCCAGACCCUGGCCCAGCCCCUGACACCUUCCUCCCCACCGUGACCCAGGCAGUCCAGCAGCUGCUGGCUCGGGAGCGAUACAAGGAGCAAGAGAAGGAAAAGCACCACGUUCACCUGGUCAUGUACCGUCGUCUAGCUCUGCUCCAAUGGAUCCGAGGCCUCCAGUGCCGGCUGGCUGGCCAACAGGCCCGGCUUCAAGAGAGCUUCGACACCAUCCUAGACAACCGGAAGGAACUCAUCCGAGGCCUCCAGCAGGGGCUGCCACCAAGGCCUCAAGACAGAAGCUGAGCGCUGAUCCUCUCACCAUCUUCCAUCCCCUACUCCUCCCCACUCUGUGACCCACUGCUUCUUAAAUUCAGUCUCACCCUGCGACCAGCCUGUGCUCAGCUAUCCAAGGACUGACAGUUCUCUUUGGUGGGUCCCUUGCUUUUCCUCAUUUUCCCUUCCAUGCUAUAACUGCUUCGUAGAAAGGCUCCCAGCACCACCCUAGCCCUCUCCAGACACCCUGCCCUUCUCUGCUGGUGGUGACCAGUAUUUUCAGAUUACCCAGGAUUUGAGUAAUCUAAAUUGUCCCUCCCAUCACUCCCAUAGGAAAGAGAUUGAUCAGCUACGGCUGCCCUGCAUACAGACAUAGAUUGUCAUAACUGGGAAAGCCUUAGACGCUUCUUCUGCUUCAAACCUCUCAAUGGGCAGACAGGGAGACCACAGUCCAGGAAGGGGAAGGAACCUGCUCAGAGUCACAUUAGUGAGUUGGUAGCAGAAAUGACACUGGAAACCAGGGCUUCUGGUUCUUGGGUUUGACUUCUAGCUCUGCCUCCUAAACUAGAUUCUUUACCUGAAUUCUGACCCUAAAGCCACCUAAGAAAAUGGUUAUUAAGAAUAUUUAUUUAUGAUUUAUCUCAAGAAAAAGGAAUGUGCAUUUGUAAGUUAGAACAUAAUGAACAGAAUGUUUGAAAUGUUGGGAAAA